AUGGUGGGCAUUGGAGGUGACGAACUAGAAUCUUUGUUAAGUAAGGAGACAGGAUUGGGAGAGAAGAAUAUCAAGCUUGAGGGUGGUGACCUAAGCUUAUAUCUUUUAUUAAUCGAGGCUGCUGGAAGGGCUUUGAAUUGGUGGCCUUAUGAACUUGCAGUGGGUGUUGUUUCCACGGGGAGUGAGAUGACAACUGAGGAGAGAGUUCGAGUGGAGAUAAUGAAAGAAUUGCACAUCGAGAGGGAGCGUAAGGGUCUGCAUUGUCGCUAUUCUCGAUUGUGUCGAGCUGAAGGGCCGCAGGUGGAUGUUUCUGCAGCCUUGUUGGGACUUUCCUCUUGGAUUGGGACUCUCCAUUGUUGA